GGAUCGAAAAAGGCGCGCUCUGCCCGCCCAAACGCCUGUUGGCGCGCGGUUGAAGCAGCGGCGAAGACGCCGGCGGCUUAUGAAUAUGGAUGAGGUGGGCGUGGCCGGAGCCCGGUUUGUUUCCCUCCUUCCCUUCACGCCGUGACAAAAUGGCGGCGGCCGCGGCAGCAGCCACCGCACGGCUCGGCGUCCGGGCCGCAGUGUCGCCGCUCCUUCGCCGAGGCCGGGGGAGGAGGCGGCAGCAGCAGCAGCAGCAGAGCCGGAGCGGGGCUGAAGAAAAAGAGGCGGUGGAGCCCGGAGUGCCGGAGGGCGGCCCCUGCCGAUGUUCCUGCCCUCAGGGCCCCGGCCGCCCACUCUGCCGCAGCCGCCCGGACAGCCUCGCCUCUGCUUGGCCGGCGUCAGGAGCGGGGCCGCCUCCUCCUCCACCACCACCACCGCCGCCGUCCACCCAGGCAGAGCGAGACUUUGUAUUCAGAGCACCCAUCACAUUAAGCAAGCCUGGAGAGCUUCAUGAGGAAUACAGAAGUCGUCUGCGAAAGCUGAAAGAUGAAAAACUGCAAGAAGAGAGAACUUCUGAGGAUUUUAUUCACAAGCUCAUUAUAGAGGAUUCUGAAGCAGGGCGGAGAAAAAUAGAAGACCAGAAAAAAGAGGAGACCUUAAUAGUCAAAAUGACUCCAGAACAUUUCCCUGAACGCCUCUCUGAUUCCGAGAAUGAGGAGCCAUUCCAAGGCAGAUCUGCACAUCGGUCAGCUUUUGUCUCCAAAGGAAGCAUCUACUCAUUUGCAUUGCUGGCAGGAAAUUUGACUUCCAAAGUAGAAAGGAGCCAAAGCUGCAAUGACACCCUUCGGGACCGAUCCAAGAGCAGACAGAGAUCAGCUCCAAUCAGAACAAAGGUAAACCCCUUGACCAGUGCAUCCACUCCCCUUGUUGGGGUUCUGUCAUCCACGCAGAAUAACCGCUGCCUCUCUGCCCCAGACUUGACAGCAGAUAAGCGUCUCAUUGUCAGUACGACUACUUCGCUCUCCGCCCUCCAGAAGCCAGAGCGGUCCAUCAGCCCCGAGAGCAACGACAGCAUCUCAGAAGAGCUCAAUCACUUCAAACCCAUUGUCUGCUCCCCAUGUACUCCUCCAAAGCGACUCCCCGAUGGGCGGGUUCUGAGUCCUCUCAUUAUCAAGUCUACUCCACGGAAUCUGACCAGGAGCCUGCAGAAGCCUACCACCUACGAAGCAAGCCCCAGGAUUCUGAAAAAAUGGGAGCAAAUAUUCCAAGAGCGCCAGAUAAAAAAAACACUCUCUAAAGCCACCUUGACAUCGCUAGCCCCAGAAAUGGGAGAGGAUUCUCUUGUUCCUAGCGUGAACUCGCUGAAUGUUGUCAAAGAGCCACGGCAAACAUCCAGUGACUUGCUUCCGCCUGACACCAUCACACGCACCCAGGCAGAGUUGGAUGCUCUCCCUUCCAUCUGCGUAGUGACAAGGCUGGAGGACUCUAGCACUAUCAAGAGAGAUGGGGAGGCCGCUGCAGUGGAUGGUGGUCUGUUAGUGCCUGUGGCAAGAUCAGGAAAGACCCCCCUGAAUACUAGAGUUCCUGAGGUCUCCAGUACUAAAUCAGCCCUGCCUCUGGCUGGUUCUUGUCUUAGCAUUGAUGCCAAAAUGGUGACCCGGAAAGUAAUGAGGGUCAACCCGGUGUUUCCAGAGAAUAGUACCCUAGACCCGUCUGUCAAGGUGACAGGAAAGAAGCAGCUUAAAUAUCUAAAUGAGAGUGAAUUGAGCAACUUGCCGAACGGCAUUGGUGUUGAGAGGGUCCUUGGUGAGGAGCCCCAACCUCUGAGGUGGGGCCGAAAGAGACAGUGCAAAACCAAGCACUUGGAACCGAGCAGCACUGCCAAGAGACGGAGGCAAGCGGCUUGCCAAGGGAGGAUAGCCGCUGCCAAUCCCCUGCGGAGCAGCGAACUGCAGCAGGAGGAGGACCGGAGGCUGGCCUUACAGCUCCAGCGGAAGUUUGAUAGUGAGAACAGGACCAUGGCCAGGCGGAAAGGGAGAGCAGACCAGUAUUUCUUGAGGUCAAAGAAUAUCCUGGGUGCAAAGUAGCACUUAACAAACAAUGUGGCCUUUUCUAGAUAAUGUGAGCUCGAUGGGAAUAAAUCUCUAGCAAGGAGGAGGAAAAGCGCUCUUGUUACCUUCCACCCACCCCGUUGGUUUCUUCUUGAUGGUAAGAGGCGUUAAACCCAGUUCAUGCUGGAGCCAGGGUCGUGGCACAGAGGUCAGCCGCACCUGAUCCCUCUUGCUGCUGCAGCUGCUUCUGGUCCUGUGAAUGCCACUCACAGGAGCAACUCUGCCACUCAUACUACCCAGAAGGACAUAGACCUGCAUCUACUGCCAAGUCUCACUGGUCUGCAGCCUGUUCCCAGGAUUCUUGGUGUAGCCACUGUUUGACUUGGCCAUAAGUGUGUCGUAGAUGUCCUUUUGAAAUGAACACUUUUAUUGUAAGCCCUUUGCUAUGAAUGACCUUGUAUAAUCUUGGGAGCAGCCUUAAGGCAAGAGGAAGGCCGGCCCGCUGAAAGACAGCAAUGUGCUUAAAUAUACAGUGUGUUUUUAUAUCUGAAUGUUCAGUCUGGACAGCUGCUUAGACUAAAUCCAAACUACUAACCAUGUGCCAGAGCGAGAGAACAUCUGCCCUUGCUAGUUGUACUGUCAGUCUUCUAUGUCAGGCAUAUUUUGCACUAAUGGAUUCCCUGUUGGAGGAUCUGCCACAGGUCACUCCUGUUAACCAGUGGCUCAAGUUUGCCUCAGCAGACCAGCCAUGUAGGAAGCAAGGCACCCCACGUUGUGGUGAGACAGAAUUGGGGAGUCGGGGGAAUGCACCUGGUCCCAUCUCACCAGCAUAGUUGUCGCAAGAUUGCCUCAGUCCUCUUUGUGGUGUUCUUCAUGCUCUCUGAGGGGACAUCCUUGGGGAUAUAAAUGAUGAGAGCAGGGAAGAGUAAGGACUCCCAGAAUGACUUAUGUGACUGGAUGCAUGUGCAAAUAUGUUGUGUGAAUCAGCUGGCAGUGGAGCAUGUGGAUUCCUUCAAACCUCAUUUAGUGUUUUGUGUUGGAAGACUGAACUGAAAGCUGCAGUGUUGAUUCCUGAACAGUUCCAUUCCAAGCAGAAUUUGAAUUGGAGACAGGCAGUGUUGCAUGAAGGUGGAAAGGUCACCACAGGGUGACUUCUUCCUCACAUGGAGAAAUUGCUAAAAAAGGGGAGGGGGUGUUAAGCUGUCUCCCUCACCCCAGUUAAUCUCUUGCAAAGGGGGCAGAAUUACUCUUCAGCUUUGGUGGUAUUGGUUCUCUUUCUAAAAUUGUUUUAAUUCCACUGAUAGCAUUCCUGAAGGCUGGCCACUGCAAACUGGCCACAUCUCCCCCCUGCACCCAACUUGCACUCCCUAUACCACUUGCUCAACAAAAAUCCCAGGUUGCACUUGUGCAUAUGAUUAGGGACAGAGCUGGUUAAUCCAGAGGUCCCCAGAUGAUGUUGAAUGGCCUUAGGCCAUUGUGGCUGGGGAUUAUGGGAGUUCAACAACAUCUGGGGGCCCAGGUUUGAGAACCCCUGGGUUAGUGUUCUCACAUGGUUAAUAUGCAGUCUAGCAGCAUUGAAAAUCUGGUCAUUUCUAAAGACAGGCUGCAGUUUUGAAAUAAGUUGCCUGUAGGUGCAGGCUGCUUUGAGCGAGUGUGUUCCCCUUUUGAGAGGGGCACUGCUAAAACUACACCCAUUUCUCAAGACCCUUCUUCUAGCUCAUCCCUUCUGUGUGUGUUCCUUGGUCACCAGCAGGAAAGGCCCCCCUCACCCAGCCGGACUCCUUCAUUCCAGCUCUGCCUUGUGGGGUUUCCAUGGUGGACCUGGCAGCUUCUUGACUACAGCUGUCAGCUUGAAAUAUGCCUGCACCGUUCAGUGUCAACUCUGACCUGAAUUGGAGCAAGUAAAUCGGCCUGAAGCUGACUGAGCUAUGAAGCCAAGAGAAGCUUGACUACUGCGGCCCUGCAUUCAGGAGGCUUUGAACUGCAGCCCAGAUGGUUGGGUGUUUCGGGUAAUCAGCAUGGAACCUGUUUUGGUUUCACUUCUGCUUUUUAUUGCAUGAUAUUGUGAGGACCCAGACAACUGGAUUCUGUGGGGCUAGCUUCCUAAUAAGUAAACAUAGGAUUGCUUCCUAAAGCA